AUGGUUAACCAGACUACUACGAGUACUACUAGUAUGCAAACACACAACAGACGACAAGUCCGAUUCUCGGAUGAGAUUGUGACCAUCACAUUCAAACGCCAACGCAACUCGGAGAGUCGUUGGAUUUCCCGACAACACUUGCAGAAACUGUCCAAGAAUGUGCAUGGCGAUGCCGAGGAGUGCAAACGCAAGAUGCCCCACACAGAUGAAGAGCUGUCUCGAAUCUUUGAUAUUCCCGUACGAGAACGCAUUGACCUGUUGGUGCGAUUGAAUAGUCAAAACGACGAAGAAGAAGAAGACUGUAUCCGUGGCUUGGAACGACAUGUCUCAGCCAACCAUCGCACGAGGAUUCGAGGCAUUCAACAAGAGUCCAUCAUUGCUGUCUUGUCGCUUCAAGAGCAACUCAAAGCUGCCGGUGCCAAACCCGAUGCCCUCCAAGAAGAAUUGGCCACGGUAUCGGACGAAAUGACACGCAACGCUCGCGUCUUUGCCCGAUUGUUGGGUCUGUCGGAUCAACGGGUCAUUCAGGAAUUGCAGCUACAACAGCAGCAACAACCGCCACACCGCAAGUCUUCGGCAUCGUCCAAUGUCGUUCCGAAAAGGAGAAUCUCGGACCUGCUGAAACGGCACAGUUACACCGCGGUGGUGCGACAGUCUUUUCGUGGUCGGAAACAACGCAAGCCACAACAAGUCAAAGACGCUAGCUCCUCGUCAAUGCUGCUGCCAAUGCCAACCAUGGCACUCACCAGUUGCAACUAUUCCGCCGCCGCGUAA